AUGGCUAGCUCGUCGUCGAGGCUCUGUUCCGAUGAGGAGCUGCAGAAAGCAAGGGUGGAUCUGGAUGAACUCUGCGCCAGAAGACCAAUCCCCGAUGAAGACGAGUUCGAGUGCCUAAGCAGUGACGAAGAUGAAGAGGGCAAUAAAAAGGAGGGGAAGGAGACACUGGGAAAGAGGAAGAAUAAGAAGAAGGUGCUGGUGCCGAUGGAGACGGUGCAGACAGUCCAGGGCAACUCGAAAUCGAACGCUUGGGAGCACUCUGGAUUGAACGCCUGGGAGUGUUCAGAGCGCCAGGCAGAGUUGCCUGGUGAUGAACUAAACAGCCCUACGUGUGCUCUCGGAUGCCAGGCAUGCCUUUGCUCAGAACGCCAGGAAAAGCUAGGCAAUACUAAAUCUCUUUACACAUGUGAAUCAUUCAUCACACACGAAGUGAUGAAGGCACAUCUCAAAUUGGUCUCUCAAUAUCCCCCCUCCAUAACUGCAUUGACCACUAUGAAAGCACAAGGAGGUAUUGAUUUCAUUGACAGUGAAGCUGUUGAUGAUGCAUGGGCUGUGGUAUCAUAUUUGAGUGAGGUGGAUUGUCUUCUUACUGGUAGUCCAAUCGCAUCAUACUACUCAGAAAACAUAGCACAGCUCAUUGCUGCUUCUGUACGGCACGGGGAGUUCUUUGUGGAAAUGCUCAUGUCACGCCAUCAAGAGCUAAGGGACUUUUCACUUUUUUUACUACGAUUUGUUCUAAGCAGGUGGCAUACAAUCCGGAGGCCGAAGCUUUGGCAAAUUGAGCAAUCAUUUCGAUCCAAUAAGGUCACAGAAUUCAGACCAUUCGAGAGAUGGAUUGGUCCUCGUAAUGAUGGGCCUAGAAGCAGCUACUUGCCCAAUGGUGUAGGUGGCUCGCCCUUCGGCCCUUGGGAGUCGAUGCUGAUAGAAAGGGGUAACUCUGAAGAAGAUGGUGAUAUGAUCAGUGUCCUAACCAGGGGCCAGCAUGGGCAGGGGUGCUCAUCAGGCACCCACCCUGGCAUCUUAAUGUUAAUAGAAAUAUGGCACCUUUAUUGGUGGCACGUUGUGAACUGGCAAGUGGCAACUAAACAGUCCACAAUAAAGUUGCACGAUUUUAAAUUUUACACUGCUGGCUAUAGUUCUUUAGCUGUAUGCAUUGUCCUUUCCCCCUUCUCAGGUGUUGGGAAAUCUUCAUUGGUGCAUCUCAUUUUAAAAAGUUCUGCUAUUGCUCGACCAGCUCAAACAGUAGGAUGCACUGUGGGCGUUAAACAUGUUACUUUUGGAAGUGCGGGCGGUUCAUCAAAUAACAUCAGUGAUGCUGAAAGGAAGUUCUUUGUUGAGCUUUGGGAUGUCUCAGGACAUGAACGGUACAAGGCAUGCCGGUCGAUUUUCUAUACACAAAUCAAUGGUGUCAUAUUUGUUUAUGAUCUCUCUCAGAGGAAGACCAAGACAAAUUUGAAUAAAUGGGCAGUUGAAGUUGCUGAAACUGGCACAUUUUCAGCUCCAUUGGGAUCUGGUGGACCAGGAGGACUUCCGGUGCCUUAUCUGGUAAUUGCUAAUAAAGUGGAUAUCGUUCCAAGAGAUGGGACAAGAGCAAUCAGGGGGAAUCUUGUUGAUCUUGCUCGCCAAUGGGCUGAGAAGCAGGGCCUUCUUCGAUGCAGCGAAGAACUUCCACUCACAGAGAGCUUUCCUGGGAACUCCGGUCUUGUGUCGGCUGCUAAACAAGCAAGAUAUGACAAAGAAGCUGUGACCAAGUUUUUCCGCUUGCUUAUCAGAAGAAGAUACUUUUCAAACGAACCUCCUGCCCCAAGUCCCUGGUCCCUUACUCCAAGAGAAGAUACUAUCCUUCCUGUGGAGAGUCUUGGAGGUGGCGUCGAUAGCUUCCAAAGGAAAAGCCUUAGCGGUGAGGGGUUUUUGUACAAUGGAGUAGUCCCACUCCCAGCGCAGAGAAACCUCACACCGCCACCAACCCUGAAUCCGCAGCAGCCUGUGGCGUCCUUGGAUAACUACAGAUAUCACCGAUUCUCCUCCUCGUCGCUUCCGGACGUGAGCAGCAAUAGAACAAGCCAAGAAGACAUUAUUGAUGUAUGA